AUGGCUCGGCUCUUCUCUCUUCUAGCCAUCGUGCCGGCUCUGGUAUCUGCGGCUGCCAUCAACACGACUUGUGUCACUGAGUCGAGUUGCCGCUGCUUACCGUCAGAUUCGUGCUGGCCAACCAAAUCAGAAUGGACCGCCUUCAAUAGAACAGUAGGAGGCCGACUCAUAGCCACAGUACCUAUCGGUAGCGUCUGCCAUGACUCUUCCUUUGGCUCCUACAACGCUCAAAAGUGCAAUGCCUUGAAGUCCGUGUGGGACUAUCCCGCCACGCACAUCGCGUCUUCCUCCGAUCCCAUGGCGCCGUUCUUCGCCAACGUCAGCUGUGAUCCUUUCACGGCGCCUAGUGCGAGAUGUAUCGUCGGUACCCUUGUUCAGUACUCUGUCAAUGCUAGCUCUAGCUCCGACUAUCUGGCUACCAUCAAGUUUGCACAGCAGAACAACAUCCGCUUAGUGAUUCGAAACACAGGCCAUGACUACUACGGCAAGUCUUCGGGAACUGGAGGCCUGGCUCUCUGGACCCAUUUUCUCAAAGACAUCUCACUCGUCAACUAUAAGCAAAGCUACUACACCGGCAAAGCGCUAAAGGUUGGAGCUGGCGUCCAGAACUCUGAAGCCCAAGCUUUUGCCCACAAGAAUGGCCUAAUAGUUGUUACUGGAGAUGGCGCAUCGGUUGGCUAUGCAGGAGGUUACAGUCAGGGUGGUGGACAUGGGCCAGUGGCCAGCAAGUUUGGCCUUGCCGCUGAUCAGGUCCUCGAGUGGGAGGUCAUUACUAGUACCGGCCAGCAUCUUGUCGCUACUCCUUCUCAGAACACUGACCUUUACUGGGCUCUCUCUGGCGGUGGUGGUGGAACUUAUGCUGCUGUUCUGUCCAUGACCGUUCGAGCUUUCGCUGAUAUGCCAAGCUCUGCUGCCAACCUUACAAUCACCAACCAGGGAAUAUCCGAUGAUGCUUUCUACGCAGCUGUUCAAACAUUCCUCACGACACUACCUAGUAUCGUUGACACUGGUGCUACCGUUGUCUACCUGCUUGCUUAUGGGGCGUUCCUUGUCCAGCCUAUAAAUGCCCCUGGUGUUAGCAAAGCACAGCUGCAGACGCUUCUCAACCCUACGCUGAGCUAUCUACAGAAGCAAAAUAUCACUUACGACUUCCACAUUGACCAGUUCUCUACGUUUUUGGAUAGCUUUAACGCCUACAACCCUCCUCCUAACGUCACUGAGUAUAACAUUGGCGGGCGUCUCAUCCCACGAACGUUACUCGAAAGCCAGUCAAGCGCCACUUCUUUGGUAGACGCUUAUCGAUUCAUUAAUGAGGCCGGCGCUGUCAUCUCUGGUGUGUGCGUCAACGUCAGUAACGGCACCAAGGUUCCAAACGCUGUGAACCCCGUCUGGCGGACAUCUAUUACGAGCAAUGUUAUCGGAGUCCCAUAUGAUCCUCUCAACUUCCAAAAUAACAUCUACGCUCAAAACAAUGUGACAAAUGUCCUGAUACCCAAGUUGGAAGCUCUGUCGCCUGUUCAGGGUGCCUACCUGAAUGAGGCCGACAUGCACCAGCCUAAUUUCCAAAGUGUCUUCUAUGGUAAUAACUACCAGACUCUCAAGUCAAUUAAAAACAAAUACGAUCCUUCAAGCACAUUCUACGGUCUUACUGCGGUUGGAAGCGACGAUUGGACGGUGGACAGCGUUACUGGGCGCCUGUGUCCUGUCUCGUAA